AUGGCAAGUGAUACAGCAUGCCUAUAUGGUGAUAAGAGGAACCGUAGAAGAGAACUACAACAGGUUGCUAUUGUAUCUUCACCCGAUGAAAGAAAACAACCCAGAUUUCAAUAUGUAUUCUUUGCUUAUGGCACUUCAAUCAUUGGAUGGACCAACUGUAGAUCGGUAAUAAUGGUAGAUGCAAUAUUUUUUAAGGCAAAAUAUCGUGGUGUCCUCAUGAUAGCAAUGUCAAAGGAUGAAAACAACAAUAUAUUUCCUUUGGCUUUUGGAAUUGCAGACUCAAAAAAUAAUGAGUCUUAUAACUGGUUCUUCAAUCAGUUAAGAUAUGCAACUGAGUUACGUGAAAAAUUGUCUAUUCUAUCAUAUCGUCACCCAUCCAUUGCAAAUAUAAUUACAAAUGUCUAUCCAGAGUGUCAGCACGGGAUAUGCAUCUAUCACAAAGAGAAGAAUUUAAGAAAAAGAUACUUCUCAGAUGUGGUUCUAUCACUCUUCUACAAUGCAGCAACAGCAUACAAACGAACUGAAUUUUAUACUUUUAUUGAUGAGAUUGAAAAAGUCAACAAAGGUGCUGUGGAGUACUUGAACGAAGAAGAACCAGAAAGAUGGGCUCGUUCAUUUCAUACUAAUAGAAGGUACAAUAUGCUUACGACUAACAACGUGGAGUCCAUGAAUGUUGUACUGAGAAAAUCCAGGCUACUGCCAAUACUGGGACUGAUUGAUUACAUUCAUAACAAGUUAAAAAGUUUGUUUUAUGAAAGAAAAAUGAAAUCACAAGGCAACUUUCAUGACAUCACACGUUGGGCGAAAGUGGAGGUGACUGACAAGAUUCAAGUCGCCUUGAAAUUGAAAGUAGACCUCAUUGAUUCAACAAAAUUUGUUAUAAGAGAAGAAAAAGUUGAAUAUAUUGUAGACCUGAAGAGCAGGACUUGUCAAUGCUUGGUAUUUCAAAUAGAUGAGAUACCAUGCACCCAUGCAAUUGCAGCGAUAGAGAGUAGACAUAUGAACAAGUUAGCUAUUGUUCUCAUUGGUUCUCAAGGCAGUCUUGACUACAAACAUACCAGGGAGAAAUCCUGCCAGUUUAAAGCAUGGCAUCAUGGAUUGUCCCAGAUAACAUAA